UGUUUAUGAACCGGACAUCGUUCAUGCCCAGUGGAGGCGGCAUGUAACGAAAAGGUGAUAAAGAGGAAAGCAAAAAAAAAAGUUGAAAGUCUUUUAAUCUUUUAUCUGUGGCUACUUGUGGGUUUUCUGUUGUUUUCGCAUGUGCAAUUUCGGAACAAAAACAUAAACAAAAGUUUUUAAAUACGUAUUUCAAAUUUAAAAUAUGCCUCAAGAAAUUCGUGUUUUACGUUGCUAUAAAUGCAAAAUGUACCAGGUGGACAUUGUUAAAAAAGCAAAGAAAUGGCAAUGUAAAUUAUGUCAAGAAAAACAAAGCGUAUUCAAGGAAUUUUUUCGUGGUUCUGGAGCCGAUUGCCGCCUCAAAGUACAAGAGCUCAAUCUUAAUGCAAAUACUCAAAAAAAUGAAGUCGAAAAUGAAUUUUUAAGUCUUUUGGACAGAGAUGAUUUAGAUGUGGAUCUUGAGGCUAUUAUCAAUGAAGCAAAUAAAAAAGGUAAAAGUGGUCAAGUGAAAAUCGAAGAUAGUAAAUGGGCAAAAUAUGUUGACGAUGUUCAACCCGAAGAACAAAAUAUAGAACCUAUAGAAUGGAUAGAACCAACAAGAAAAGCAAAAAGAAAGUCUAACAGCAAACCUCAAUCAGAGGAAUUAAAUUGUACCAAAAUUCCUCGAUUACCAUUAGCUUCUACCAGUUCCAAAUGGGAUAAGUAUUUAUAAAAAAAUGCUUAAUAAAUGUAUGUUUGUUUAUUUAUAAUUUACAUUAAUUUCUUAAACUGAAUAUUUGAAAAUCUCCUUGAUAAAUUCCAGUUACAAUCCAUAAACUAGAAAAGAAUUCCAUGAUGAUUGAUUAGCAUUUUGAAUUAUUAGUAACAAAAAAAUGUUGACUUACCCAUUGUCACUUAGCUUAAUCAUGUUACCUUUGCCUUGUAAUGCUCCUUUCACAGAUGAUUGGUUUCCAUUAUUGACUCUUAAGAAGUUGCAAGUAAUGAAUAGAAAACAAAAUUUAAAUCUUUCAUAAAAAAGGAACAAAAUAAAUUAAUUAUACGUAAAUAAUACGUUCAGGGGGUCAAUAACCGAUCUGUGAAACUGUGAAG